CCGGAAGUAAUACAUGUCAAGUGACAUGCGCAAUUGGCAGCAAUGAGGAAGUGCUGCGUAUUCAACCAUUAAACUUGUAAACAUUAGCGACCCGAGAUGCCCGUGUUUUUGGCGUCUGAUUAGGACAUGUAAAUAUAAGGAUUUCAAGGUGUGGUACAAAACACUGUUCUACUUUGCAUGGACCCAAAGCUGAUGCGCAGGGCCACCAGCGCACGUCAAGACGCCACUGGAAUGGACAUCACCAGCCGCUGUACUCUGGGGGACCCUAACAAGCUUCCUGAAGGGGUCCCCCAGCCUGCCCGCAUGCCGUAUGUCUCAGACAAACACCCGCGGCAGACCCUGGAGGUGAUAAACCUGUUGAGGAAGCAUCGUGAGCUUUGUGAUGUGGUACUUGUGGUGGGUGCCAAGAAAAUUUAUGCCCACCGCGUCAUACUUUCUGCUUGCAGUCCCUACUUCAGGGCAAUGUUUACUGGGGAGCUUGCUGAAAGUAGGCAGACUGAAGUGGUUAUUCGAGACAUUGAUGAGAGAGCAAUGGAACUGUUGAUCGACUUCGCCUACACUUCACAGGUGACGGUGGAGGAGGGGAACGUUCAGACUCUGCUUCCCGCAGCCUGUCUGCUCCAGCUUGCUGAGAUCCAGGAGGCCUGCUGCGAGUUCCUCAAGAGGCAGCUGGAUCCUUCCAAUUGUCUGGGUAUCAGGGCAUUUGCAGACACUCACUCCUGCCGCGAACUGCUCCGCAUUGCAGACAAGUUCACUCAACACAAUUUUCAAGAGGUAAUGGAAAGUGAGGAGUUCAUGCUGCUCCCUGCCAACCAGUUGAUUGAUAUAAUUUCCAGUGAUGAACUUAAUGUGCGAAGUGAGGAGCAAGUUUUUAAUGCUGUGAUGGCCUGGGUGAAAUAUAGCAUUCAGGAACGCAGACCACAACUACCGCAGGUUCUGCAACAUGUUAGACUACCACUCCUCAGCCCCAAGUUCCUGGUGGGCACUGUGGGGUCAGACCCGCUCAUCAAGAGUGAUGAGGAGUGCAGAGACCUGGUUGACGAGGCCAAGAACUACUUGCUCCUGCCACAAGAAAGGCCACUGAUGCAGGGCCCAAGAACCCGGCCUAGGAAACCCAUACGUUGUGGAGAAGUCCUUUUUGCAGUUGGUGGUUGGUGCAGCGGGGAUGCCAUAUCCAGUGUGGAACGUUAUGAUCCUCAGACCAAUGAGUGGCGGAUGGUGGCAUCAAUGAGUAAACGACGUUGCGGAGUGGGUGUCAGUGUCCUGGAUGACUUGCUUUAUGCUGUAGGAGGGCAUGAUGGCUCCUCCUACCUCAACUCAGUAGAAAGAUACGAUCCAAAGACCAACCAGUGGAGUAGUGAUGUGGCCCCAACUAGCACCUGUCGGACCAGUGUUGGUGUGGCUGUUCUUGGUGGUUAUUUGUAUGCUGUGGGAGGACAGGAUGGUGUUUCCUGUCUCAACAUUGUUGAAAGGUAUGAUCCAAAGGAGAACAAAUGGACUCGUGUGGCCUCAAUGAGCACCAGGCGACUGGGUGUCGCUGUGGCUGUGCUAGGUGGUUUUCUGUAUGCUGUAGGUGGGUCUGAUGGGACGUCUCCAUUAAAUACAGUGGAGCGUUACAAUCCUCAGGAGAACCGAUGGCACACGGUAUCGCCAAUGGGUACCCGACGAAAGCACCUCGGGUGUGCAGUCUACCAAGACAUGAUUUAUUCUGUCGGAGGCCGGGAUGACACAACCGAGCUGAGCAGCGCCGAGCGUUACAAUCCCAGGACGAACCAGUGGUCUCCUGUGGUCGCCAUGACAUCUCGACGGAGUGGGGUGGGCCUAGCUGUGGUCAAUGGUCAGUUGAUGGCAGUUGGAGGGUUUGACGGGACGACGUAUUUAAAAACUAUCGAAGUUUAUGACCCUGAUGCCAACACAUGGAGGUUGUACGGAGGAAUGAAUUACCGACGACUAGGUGGCGGAGUGGGCGUCAUUAAAAUGACUCACUGUGAAUCCCACAUUUGGUAACGCUACCCUCUCCCACAGACACGCAUACUUUGACGUGGAUGCCAGCAACACUCAUACCUCCAUAAAAGACUGUUUGUUAUGUGAGGAUGAGAGAAAUGUUUGGGCAAACGACACUGAAAGAGAACGCAUUUGCUAUUCUUCAUCCCUCCUGCAAGGUCAUCCACUUUUAAAACUGUUGUCUUCAGUGUCUUCACCUCGUGGCGCUGUGUGUGAAACCCAGAGCAAACAUCUACCGAGCAUCACUGCGCCGCCAGAUUGGAGAAGCCGUUAUAGGUCCUUCCCCAGUGACCCCUCUAAACGUCUAGCUCAAAAACACAUUUGUAAACGUGUGAGCAAUCACUGUCUCGAAACCCCAGCCCAAAAUAAAACACCAUACGGCAUCCGGCAAACAAGAAAUCAUUUGAGCUCUUCUUUGCGCUACAAAUUGCUGGGUUGCGUCCACUUCUGCUCAAUUGAAUUCCUCACUUCUAAACUGUUACAAACAUGGUAGCAGACUCGAGAUUCUGCACUUUAUAUCAAUGACUAGCUUUACUUGAGGAGUAGGAAUACCUGACAUUCAUUCAGUUUAAUGGUCUUUAGGGAUUAUACAGUACUGAAAUGUUCUGAUUUAAGAUUUUUUUUUUCCCCACGACAAGCGCACAGCUAAAAAUUAGAUUUUAUUUUUAAAGAAACGAAAUCCUAAAAGUAGAGCUAAUAUGUUGGUUAUGGAUCAUAUCCAGAAGCACAGUUUACCUAGUGAGUAUUGCAGGCUGCACACGGUGAGCAUUUCAGUCAAAAUUGACCACAAAGUGCGAUUGAGGCAAUGAAGGCAGUGACCAUCUCGUGGACGAUACUAAUGAUUUGAUUGGAAUAUAUUUGAUUUGAAUGUGUCAAGGACUUGGAUUGAUAAACCCUAAUUGAAUAUGAAUGUCAAUGCAAUGUGUUCGGUUUUGGUCGCGUUCCUUCAAAGGGUCAUGGUGUGCAUAGCUCCAUCUGCUGGAGACUGGGGAAUAGCGCAGCUGUUCUGCGUUCAUGGCUGCAGUUGAUCUCGUGUGAAAAUCGUUUAUCUUGACCGAAGUUUGGAUGUUCAGGAUGUAUUGCAGUGACACUAGAAGUGCGUUUUGGAUUUUAAAAUGUGGUUUCUUUAAUUUUGUUGACCCUCCCAAAAUGGUGUAUAAAUGUUCAAAAGUCACCAGUUGUUUUUGAAGCAGACAUUUUGACUGUUUAAUCCAUUGGUGCUCUCCGACAGCGGGCUAUUUAGUUUUUUAGGUGCAGUACUUUGCUUUCUGUCUCAUACAGUUCAUCACUGUGUGUGUUUGUGUGCGUUCCAGCUUGUUUCUUUUUUUGUGGGUAGGUUGUUUUUGUGUGUGCGCAGUCGCUGCCAUCACAAAGCUCAUAACAGUAAAUGUUCAAGGCAGCUGAGCUCUGAUUUCAUCAUUUCACAAAGGAACAGAUGCACACUAGGAAGGCUGGUCAAGUUUUUUUAUUUUUUUUCUUCUCUCUCUCCAUGUCGCGUUCCACAAUGUAGUUAUGCAAGGUAUCUUACCUCCAAAUGCAUCUCUCACAAAAUGUCGACUUCAACCAUUUUCGUGUUUUCUUUUCUUUUAUUUUAUCAACAUGCAGAGUAAAGCCCAGUUUUAGAAAACAAAAGUGAAAUUGUCUUGAAGAAAAUGUUUCCUCUCAACUGCCUGAUUCGGUUCUGCACUCAGAAAUGUUACUUUUCACUGCCGUUGUGUAAUGUACCACACACCCUUACUUUUGUGACAAUGCAUUUAUGAUUUUUUUAUUUUACGAAACAAAUGUGCUAUUACAGCUGAAGGAGUAAAGAUUCACAAAAGGAAAAACGAUUGAUGUAUAUCCUCAUUUUUAUUUAUAGUUUUAUUUUUGGGCAGCACAUUUACUUUUCCCUCCCUUAAAAAAAGGCUUCAUUUGACUAUUUUCAUAAACAAUUUUACACCUCUGACACGUUGUCUGGACAUGGUUCUAAACUCUAAUAAUUUGCUCUGCUAAUGAUCAGUUGGAACUUGCUUAUCUUGUUUGGCGUGACCUAUGUUAAGGGUGUCCUAAAUGUGACCUAAACGGAUUCCUAACACAGAUUCAUUUUAAGCUAUGGUCAGAACAUCAAAAAUGUUAUGAAAAGAAUAAAAUGCAUUUUGGUGAAAAAA